AUAAUUUUCACAAUACUCAUAGAUAUGGAAAUUACAAAUAACUUAUAUUUAAACUCAAUUAAAUAAUGUUAAUGAUGUUAAACGUAUUAAUAUUAGAAGAAAUGGUGAAAAAGGUAUCUGUAUGGCCAAAACUGGGAUUUGCUGGGUUAUUCGCCUAUAUAUUUGGAGGAUUAGCAUUAUAUAUUACCAAUAUAUUUUUCCAUGAAUGUUAUGGAAUUUUCUCUAAACAAAUUAACUCUAGCAAAAUUCAGAAGUAUGAGGAAAUUUAUAAUAAACCUUACUACAGUCAUCUGAGUAUAUAUUCUUUCGGACUGCUUGUUGGAAUCAUUCUAAAUUCAAAAACUGUGAAGAUCAAAAAAACAAUUUUAAUUUCUGGAUGGUGUGUUUCCAUAGUUUUGAUGUCGAUCGUGAUCUUCCUUCCUUAUCCAUAUAUCAACCAGAUUCAGCCAUAUCAAAAAGAUAUGAUGAUACUUCAAUCUGUUCUUCCAUUUUUAUGGGCAUUAGGCAUAGCCUGGGUGUGUGUAAUGUGCACGACAGGAUAUGGAGGAAUAGUAAAUCGAUUUUUAGCACUUAAACCGUUCGUGAUAUUGAAUCGUAUAAUCGUUUGGAUAUAUAUGUUGCAUUUGUUGGUAAUCCUGUAUGUGUUUGGAAAAGCAAGAAAAGCCCAAAUGAUAUCGGAUCUAAAUAUGGUAAAAGUAUUAAAAUUUUUACUUGUUUAA